AUUCGCGUCAAAUUAAGCGCGUUGUUUUCUUAUAUCGGUUCAAGAAGUUGAUUUGAGUUAUAUUUUUUACUCAAUAGUAAUGGAAAACAGUACAAGUAAAAAGCGGCAAAGAAGCGAAAUUUGGCUGGAGAAAGAUAAGUUUCAACAGUAAGUGCAAAGGUGGCACUAGUUAAAAUUACUUAUUAAAAUGACAAAAAAGAACAUUAAGUCUGUUGAAUGUAAGAAUCUUCUCCAGACUGGUGGUGGUCCACCUCCAACAACAAACCCCGAAAAUGCAGAUGACAUCUGUUCAUGGCUCCCUAACGAAUUUGUCAUUGACACAAAUGAAUUUCAUUCUGAUGAAAUAAAUCUGGUAUUAUAUCGCAAAAUGAGAUCAAAGUGGAUGAUAAUUAAACUUGUCAACAUUGAAAACAAGACUUCAGAUAUUGACACAAUGAGUACAGUAAAGGAUGUCACAGUAGAAAUACUUCAGGACGUUAAAAAUACACAAGAGGUUGUAGCUACUGGCUCACCACCAAAACCACUGUUUACACCUUCUAAGAAACCUGGAAGAAAAUAUAAAAGUGAGAAAAAGACCAGCAAGUAUAGCCAAUACUGAAAUUGAGUGUAGGAAAGAGGUCCAUCAAGCCCAAAUGACAAAUGAAGGAAGGAAAGCACGAAACUUGGACCUAGAGGAGACAUUAAUAAAAAUAAAAAUUGAAUAUUAUAAUAAAAACUUAAAGUUCUUGCAAAAUAAAUAAUUGUAAACUAAAAUGUAGCACCUACUUACUGAUAGCCUUAAUUAGUUAAAAUGCCUAUUAAUAAAUGCUCAUAGAAGAGCACUAUUGGAGUCUCUUCCUCUGGGCUCACCAAUUUGAGGUAGAAGUUCAACAUCCACAAUUGCAUUGAGUUUGUCAUCAUGACCUGAAGAAUUUUAUUACAAAUAUUGUUAUGUAAAAAAAAUAUUAUAUUCAUGAAUGAUUAAAAUUAUUUGUGUGCAAAUUACCUGGUACUGAAUCUUGUCCUAUUGCAAUAUUGUGCAACACUGCAAGAGUCACAAUUGUAGGUUUCACAUUUUUCAUGUCUUACUGUGAUGCCAUAAAAUAGACUGACACCACUGCUUCCACACACCAAAGCAACGUUCAACACAGUUCCGAGUGGCAAUUUGUGCUCGAUUAUAUCUUUCUUCACACUCAUUUUGAGGUCUUAGUAUAGGUGUAAAACUAGUUGAUUUUAUCACUUGUGUAACUGCGAAUAUCAGUUACAACCUUUUCCGUCUAGCUAACACUUUUUUACUAUAUGCAACUGCGAAUUUUCAGUUACCACUUUUUUCGGCUGGCUAACACUUUUUUACUAUAUGCAACUGCGAAUUUUCAGUUACCACUUUUUCGGCUAGCUAACACUUUUUUACUAUAUGCAACUGCGAAUUUUCAGUUGCCACUUUAUUCGGCUAUGUGUAACUGCGAUUUUCAGUUACGACCUUUUUCGGCUAGCUAAACUUUUUCUAAUUCACUACUAUUGUUCACUAUGUUCUGCUACUAGUCACUUCAGCUACUACCGGAUACUACUGCUUGUCACUGGUAGUUCUUCCUACUACAACGUUACUGGGAUUCGCCCCCAUAAGGUAGACUUUGGCUAUACUCUAUAGUGAGCCACUUGCCAUUUUCCGUUUUGCCUCUUUAUUUUUAAACAUUUUCAUUAUGUAAUUAGCAUAAAUUGCAAUAUUUUUUAUACAACACUAAUUUUGCACUAACACGCUAUACAUCAUUAAAUAGGCAUUUUGGUCCUUUAUUAGUAUGUGAUAAAGGUUAUUCAAUAUAUUUAUAUUUAAAAAAAUUAUUAAACGAAAUGUACCAAAUUUUCACAACAAAUGGGUACAUUAAUUCUUUAAUUUUUCUAUAACUAUCAAAUGCGUUUAAUUAUACAAAUUAUUUCUUUACUAUCAUAAUCUAUAUACCAUAUGCUAACUAAAUAUCAUAUUACAACUCUUUUAGAACACAAAAAUAUUCUCAUUAAUUUCAGUACAAACUAUUGCGCAGUUAAUUAAACUUCCAGAAAGUUCUACGAUAUGACGCGCUGUGAUUGGUUGAUUUUUUCUUAAAUGCUUAAAGUUGUUUAUAUCAACUAUUAUUAAAACGACAUUCUAUACAACGCUAUAAAACUAUAUUAACAAACUAUUUACUCGAUUUCGUUAGUAAUUUCACCUUUUAUACAAAACAAUAUUCUUUCAUCACUUUUCUCUUAAAGUCUUUAGGCCGUCACGAACAGUAAGCUUGUGAUGUUUUUGUAAUUUUUACUUCUUUGUAUCGACUAUAGUAGUCGACCACUACUAACAGAUACUCGUUACUUGGCAAUGGUCUUAUUAGAUCCAUUGUGACAUAUAUCCGUGGAGCUGCAGGCAACUCUCGUCUCUUCAUUGGUGCAGGUGGGUUUGGCAAACCCACUAACGUACAACCUUUACAGACCUUUACUAAUUGUUACAUACAUACAUAAACACUCACGCCUGUCACCCAGAGGGGUAGGCAGAGAUUAUGGACUUCCAUUUGGCCAUUUUCCGUUUUGCCUCUUUAUUUUUAAACAUUUUCAUUAUGUAAUUAGCAUAAAUUGCAAUAUUUUUUAUACAACACUAAUUUUGCACUAACACGCUAUACAUCAUUAAAUAGGCAUUUUGGUCCUUUAUUAGUAUGUGAUAAAGGUUAUUCAAUAUAUUUAUAUUUAAAAAAGUUAUUAAAUGAAAUGUACCAAAUUUUCACAACAAAUGGGGUACAUUAAUUCUUUAAUUUUUCUAUAACUAUCAUAUGCGUUUAAUUAUAGAAAUUAUUUCUUUACUAUCGUAAUCUAUAUACCAUAUGCUAACUAAAUAUCAUAUUUACAACUCUUAGAACACGAAAAUAUUCUCAUUAUUUUCAGUACAAACUAUUGCGCAGUUAAUUAAACUUCCAGAAAGUUCUACGAUAUGACGCGCUGUGAUUGGUUGAUUUUUUCUUAAAUGCUUAUAGUUGUUUAUAUCAACUAUUAUUAAAACGACAUUCUAUACAACGCUGUAAAACUAUAUUAACAAACUAUUUACUCGAUUUUGUUAGUAAUUUCACCUUUUAUACAAAUCUAUAUUCUUUCAUCACUUUUAUCUUUAUGGAGAUCGGCUAUCUCUCGUUUGAAGGAGUCCUCUUGGAUGACACGUGUUAGGAGCUUUUCGGCCUCUCUGAUGAAUUCGGCUUCGGGUGUGAUGUAUUUAUUUGCAUCUUUAUUUUUUUACUUGACUGGGAGGCUGCGCGGAUUAUUUUUCGAUUUCCUCCAGUCGGGAUCUUCCUUUUUACUCUUUUUGGUCCUUUUGUAAAAGGUCCUGUUUGUUGUUUUACUGCAGAGUGUAAUAAACUGACCCAUUUUCGCCUUCUUAAGAGUAAAUUUCACUAUUUCUCCUCAUCUCAUGAUAGGGUUCUACGUUCGUCUUCUAACAACAAAAUAUGUAUUCCAGUUCACUUCACCGAGUUCUAUGGUAACUCCUUUACAGUUCAGACUGCACGCCUUUGGAACUCCUUGCCUGACGACAUCAGAAAAGCUCCCAAUAAGUUUGCUUUUAAAAAGUUGGUGCGUAAUCAUCUGUUAAAGACAACGCUUCUUAGAUGAAUCAUCCAUAUCAUUUAUAUUUUAGACGUAUAUAUUUAUAGUUAAAUAUAUGUAUUAUUUGUAUAUGUAUGUUGGUAUGAAUAUAUGUAUGCUUAUGUAUGUACGUAUAUAUUUGUAUACAUGUAUGAAUAGGAUAUAUUUUUAUAGUUUAUUUAUUGUAUAUAAUAGUAAAAUGUAUAUAUAACGUAAUUAAUUAUACAUUUCUAUUUUCUUUU